UCAAUGGGGGAAAUUCGAGGAUUUGGGGAGAGUAUUUUCCAAGAACGAAGGACAGUUGCUGCAUUCAUAUUGCACUAUUAUUAUUCUGACUCAUACGUUUUGAGCCUCAAAGCCCCGCCUAUUCCAAGACCCACGUUCUCGCGAAUUGACAUUCUAUCCGUUCCUAACAUUUCUGUGAUUUCGAGACACAGCUCUGCACAUUAAUAACCAAAGACACCCUAAAUCAUUUCGUCUCUUCUAAUGGAUGUUACAGAAAGGUUUUAACUGUGGAGAUCCGCGCCUCUUUCCUGCCUUCAUGUCAAGCCUUGGGAAGAAUAGUGUGUAUUCCACAUUUCCCACUCUCUGCCCCUAGCUUGUCCAUGUCGCUCCGGCGCUUUGCGGCGCUCACGGAGAGCUCUGGGUCUGCUGAGCCGAGCAGGGAGUUGUUCGAGGCCUGCAGGAGAGGAGACCUUGAGCGGGUAAAGAAGCUCGUGAGCCCGGAGAAUGUAAACAGCAGAGACACGGCGGGCAGGAAAUCCACGCCGCUGCACUUCGCUGCGGGUUUUGGCCGUAGAGAUGUGGUGGACUACCUCCUUCUAAAUGGUGCUAACGUGCACGCCUGCGAUGAUGGUGGUCUAAUCUCGCUUCACAACGCCUGCUCUUUUGGUCACGCUGAGGUCGUCAACCUGCUUCUGCAACACGGGGCCGAUGCCAACUCCAGAGACAACUGGAAUUACACCCCACUCCACGAGGCUGCCGUCAAGGGCAAGAUCGACGUCUGCAUUGUUUUACUACAACAUGGUGCUGAGCCAACCAUCCGAAACACCGAUGGAAGGACAGCGCUUGACUUGGCUGAAGCUUCCACCAAAGCAGUGCUAACCGGUGAAUAUAGAAAGGAUGAACUUCUCGAGAGUGCAAGAAGUGGAAAUGAAGAAAAACUGAUGAGCCUCCUCACACCAUUAAAUGUGAACUGUCAUGCUAGUGAUGGAAGGAAGUCCACCCCUCUGCAUCUGGCCGCUGGCUACAAUCGUGUGAAGACAGUGCAGCUGUUGUUGCAGCAUGGAGCCGACGUGCACGCCAAAGACAAAGGUGAUCUUGUGCCUCUUCAUAAUGCCUGUUCAUACGGUCACUAUGAGGUAGCUGAGUUGCUUGUAAAGCAUGGAGCCUGUGUCAGUGCUACGGACCUUUGGCAGUUCACACCUUUGCAUGAGGCAGCCUCAAAAAACCGAGUGGAGGUCUGUUCUCUCCUGCUCAGCUACGGGGCCGACCCCACCUUCCUCAACUGCCACAACAAGAGUGCGAUUGACCUGGCCUCGAACACCCUGCUGAAAGAGCGCCUGGCGUAUGAGUUCAGAGGUCACGCUCUGCUGCAGGCGGCACGUGAGGCGGACAUGGCCCGCUUUAAAAAGCACCUCUCCGUUGAGACCAUCAACUUUAAACACCCUCUAACCCAGGAGACAGCUCUUCAUUGUGCCUCAACGUCGCCCUAUCCCAAAAGGAAACAGAUCUGUGAAUUGCUGCUCAGAAAAGGAGCCAACGUCAAUGAGAAGAAUAAAGACUUCCUAACACCUCUGCAUCUUGCCGCGGAGAAGUCCCACAAUGACAUCAUCGAGGUAUUGGUGAAACACGAGGCGAAAGUGAAUGCGGUAGAUAACCUGGGUCAGACAGCGCUUCACCUCGCAGCUCACCGCGGUCAUCUGCAGACCUGUCACAUGCUCCUGAGCGCUAGAUGUGACCCGCUCAUCACUUCCCUGCAGGGCUUCUCACCCUCUCAGAUCGCCAGUCAAAGCAUGCAGGAGAUUCUGCAGGAGGGAACAUUUACAGGUAACACAGACAGGCAGCUGUUAGAAGCCUCCAAAUCAGGAGAUCUGGAAGUGGUGAAGAAGCUCUGUACUGUUCAGAACGUGAACUGUAGAGACGUGGAGGGAAGGCAGUCCACACCCCUGCACUUUGCGGCGGGGUACAACCGUGUAGCUGUGGUGGAGUAUCUGCUGCUGCAUGGAGCCGAUGUGCACGCUAAAGACAAGGGUGGCCUGGUCCCCUUGCACAACGCCUGUUCCUAUGGGCAUUAUGAGGUCGCUGAGCUCCUUGUCACUCGCGGUGCCCUGGUUAACGUGGCCGACCUGUGGAAGUUCACCCCACUGCAUGAGGCGGCCGCCAAGGGCAAAUAUGAGAUCUGCAAACUUCUUCUCCAGCAUGGUGCCGACCCGACCAAAAAGAAUCGGGAUGGAAACACCCCUCUGGACUUGGUGAAGGAUGAGGAUACAGACGUUCAGGAUCUGCUCAGGGGGGACGCAGCACUGCUGGACGCUGCUAAGAAAGGCUGCUUAGCUCGCGUUAAAAAGAUCUGCACUCCAGACAACGUGAAAUGUCGAGACACGCAGGGACGUCACUCCACUCCGCUGCACCUCGCAGCUGGCUAUAAUAAUCUGGAGGUGGCUGAAUAUCUGCUGCAGCACGGGGCAGAGGUGAACGCUCAGGAUAAAGGUGGACUCAUUCCCCUACACAAUGCUGCAUCUUACGGGCAUGUGGAUGUGGCCGCUUUGCUCAUCAAGUACAACGCAUGCGUCAGUGCCACAGAUAAGUGGGCGUUCACCCCUUUGCACGAGGCGGCGCAGAAAGGCAGGACCCAGUUGUGUGCACUGCUUCUAGCUCACGGGGCCGACCCCACGCUCCGCAACCAGGAAGGCCAGUCGCCGCUGGACCUCGUGACGACAGACGAUGUGCGAGCCCUUCUCACGGCAGCCAUGCCUCCUUCAGCACUGCCAGCGUGCUAUAAGCCCCAGGUUAUCAGCGUCUCGACAUCUGUGGGAGUCAUGCCAUCCACUCUCAGCUCGAGUCCCACACCGCUCUCUUCAAACUCCGGUCUGGACGGCCAGUCCAUGACCUUCCCCGAGAUGACCACACUUCUGCCGUCUUCUGGAGUCGAAGGGGACGUAGGCAUAGAGAUGAAAGAGGAGGGUCUAGCUAUGGAGUUGAGCAUCAGCCAGUUCCUUCACAACCUGGGCCUGGAACAUUUGCUAGAGAUCUUUGACAGAGAGCAGAUAACUCUGGACGUUCUGGUGGAAAUGGGACACAAAGAGCUGAAGGAGAUCGGUAUCACCGCUUACGGUCACAGACACAAGAUCAUCAAAGGAGUGGAAAGGCUUAUUAGUGGACCUCAGAGUUUAAACCCUUACUCUACCCUGAACACGACCAACAGUGGAACAAUACUGAUAGAUCUGUCUCCAGACGACAAGGAGUUUCAGUCCGUUGAGGAGGAGAUGCAAAGCACAAUAAGGGAACACAGGGAUGGUGGUCAUGCGGGUGGGAUUUUUAACAGAUACAACAUUGCAAAGAUCCAGAAGGUGUGCAACAAGAAGCUGUGGGAGAGAUACACUCAUCGUAGGAAGGAGGUUUCUGAGGAGAACCACAACCAUUCCAAUGAACGCAUGCUGUUCCAUGGUUCACCGUUCGUAAAUGCCAUCAUUCACAAGGGCUUCGAUGAGAGACAUGCGUACAUUGGGGGAAUGUUCGGGGCCGGGAUCUAUUUUGCGGAAAACUCUUCCAAAAGCAACCAGUAUGUUUACGGAAUAGGAGGAGGAACAGGUUGCCCUCUUCACAAGGACAGGUCAUGUUACGUGUGUCAGAGGCAUCUUCUGUUCUGCCGUGUGACUUUGGGAAAGUCCUUCCUGCAGUUCAGCGCUAUGAAGAUGGCCCACUCGCCACCAGGACACCACUCAGUCACUGGCCGGCCCAGUGUCAAUGGUCUUGCUCUGGCUGAAUACGUCAUCUACAGAGGAGAGCAGGCUUAUCCAGAAUAUUUGAUCACAUAUCAGAUCAUCAAACCGGACGGUUCUACAGAUUAACACACGGGUCUUUCCAUCUCAGAGGAGAGAAACUGCUUGUUUACUGCAUGCAAUUUUUAUACAAUGUAUAACUUUCAAUAAUCUUCCUACAACUGUCUACUUUUAUCUAAUUUACAGCAACUUAUUAAUGAAAUGUCUGACAAACUGGCCUCACCAGUUCAGUCACUAACACUGGUUACAAAAGUUGCAUUUCCUUUUCUUAUCCAUCACAAAUUUUACUUAUUUAUUUUACAAAGACAAAUGUAUAUAUUUUCUACUAAUUAAUUUAUCGAUGUUUGUAUCAUAAGAGAUCUAUGUCUGAGAUGUAAAUGUUUGCCACUAUCCUGCAGUUUUACACAUGUGAGUACAGGGAUUUUACAGAAACAUCAGACCAAUUGAAAAACAUCUAUCUAGUAUUCAACUUAAAGAUUAUUUGGCAGAACAGGAUGAGACUUAAUCCAAAUAUAAAAUGAUCUAGAAAUGUCUUCUUGACAGCAUUGUUGUCUUUUUCCAAAAAAGUAUGAAUUUAACUUUCAAAAAUACACCUCAUCCCACAGGAUGUCCCAUAUUGAUGCAAGUGUUUGAUUGCUGAACUGUUGAACAAGACUUAAUAUUUGCUUCAUUUUCAGUUUGCAAACAUAUUGGGUGCUUGAACAAAUUGUUUCUGUAUUUUGAUAUGAAAAUGAAGGUUUUAUUGUUUUGUUAGUAGUUCAGAAGUAUCUGUACCCUGUUGUGCAUGAACAUGUCAGUUUUUCCUCAUGUAAUGUCAUGUUAAUGAUGUGUUACUAUGUCCUACAAACAAUGGCGUCAACAACACGAUCAAAUAAAGAGACACUUUUUUAUCAA